CAAAACACGAAACGUCACACGUAAACAAUAAUCGUAUGAGUUUUGCAGCUGGGAUCAGAAACCGAUCAAAACAUAGCACAUAUUUCAGAGGGAAACAACGUUUUCAAGAUGACUUCUACACCUAGGAGUGAAAAAGAUGAUUCUCUUAAUGAAUCAUGGGUGGAACUCCAAUAUGCCCAACACGGGGGCGUCAAUGAAUCCUUCCUAAACCUUGAAUCCGGAGGAGGGGGAGGAGGUAACGGAGGGUCCAGCACCCCAUACAGCACGGGGUCCGGGAACGGCAGACACGGGGGCGUCCAGUUCGGUACCAACAUGGAGAAACUGUUGAUGGAGGCACAGAGGGAAAGCAGGUCAACAUCCAGGGAAGGCUCACAGGGAGGAAGCCCGAAAGGUCCACACAGCCCAGUGCUGAGUUCUAACCCCAGUGCACCUAACUCUGUAUACAGUAAUGGAUCUGGAGAAAAACAGCAGGGAGUACCCGUCCUGAUGGGGCAAGGUGAAGGAGCCAAAGGGAGAGAAGAGAACUGGAUCUGGGACUGGUCCAGCAGGCCGGAGCCCCUCCCACCAAAGGAGUUUCGUUUCAAGCACCCAGACAAGACGAGGCUGAGUCUCCGCAAGAGCAAGGCCAUGCGUAGUAACUUCUUCUCAGCUGAAAUAUUAUCCGUCUUCAUUCCAUCCUUAUUUCUGACGAAUCUCUUUGCUCUAGGCAUGGGGGUCUUCAUUGGUCUAAAAAUGGCAGCUCCCAGGUCAAGUUGAGACUGAACACUAGAGGGCUCCCUACAGUUAUAAACUUGGCUUUGAGGAUGGAGGACAUGUGACAGUCACGUGUCCAAGCUGAUGCCAAAUCAACACAAAAUGAAUUAAUUUGUUCCACAAGAGGUUUUUCAUUGAGUGUAUUUAAUAUACCUUUACUUUUCUCUAUGAGUGAGGUAAGAAUUUGUUCGUAAAUCACAAAGAUGUUUGUUUUUCCCCUUGUGAGGAUGCAUUUUUGAUAAAUACAUAUUUUUCUGAGAAAUUCAAAGUGCCAUCUUAAACUUAUCAUGUAGAUUGCAGAGAACAACUGAUAUAGUUCACUGUUUGGAAAUCCUAGGCCCCAAUUCAUGAAUUCGAACCAUUGUUAAAAUCAUGGAUUGAACCUCCACCCUUGUCUAAAAGAGGUGUAUAUACAUGUAAUAAGUGUAUAUUUUCCUUUCAUCGAGCAUGAAGACACGCAUCUACAGUAUGGAGGUUUACACCAGUGGUUGAAGUAAACCUCUAUGGUGAAUUUUGGCCAUAAAGUGCUUAUGCCCGUACAGCAUAUAAUCUUGCUCUUCUUUAUCCCAUUACGACGGUGUAAGCAUUGAAUGAUGAGAUAAAUAAAGGAGCUCAAACACCCCAACCCCCUCCUCCUUAUUGGUAGAUAGGAUCAAUCUGUCAGGCACCAUGAUCAGAAAAUUCUGGGCCCUGUU